AUGAGCUCUCAUCUAAACGGAGACCUGAACAACACUUCGGCCGAGCGUACCCGAACCGAUAUUGCAAUCGACCCAGCAUACCGAGGCAUAUCGCUGGCCAUCCCUUCGUCUGAAGAUGACGUCGAUACAAGACAGAGAUACCGGCCUUUCAUCCUUCACCCCGAGACAACAGAGCAAGAUUGGAUUGCCCAGCUUGAACUAAGCACGGUCCUGAAGAUGGUGGAUAUGCAGGUCCUCCAGCAGGGAAAUGAUCGGCUGAGGGUCCUGGUCCUACAUGAAAGCAUGCGCCAAAGGUCCUACUCGCGCCUCCUAGCAUACGAAGCCAGUCGCAUUCUCUUUCGGCUUGGCUGCGACGUCCGCAUGUACGACCCGACUGGUCUACCGGUCAAGGACGAUGUGCAGCAUUCACACCCCAAAGUGCAAGAGCUGCGUGAGCUGAGUAAGUGGAGUGAUGGGCACAUUUGGGUCAGUCCUGAGCAGCAUGGCAACUUGACGGCAGUGUUCAAGAACCAGAUUGAUUGGAUUCCGCUCUCGACUGGCUCGGUCCGUCCAACCCAAGGGCGAACGCUUGCGAUUGCACAGGUAAAUGGCGGCUCGCAGUCCUUCAACACGGUUAACUCGUUGCGCAUACUGGGUCGGUGGAUGCGCAUGUUUACCAUUCCAAACCAAAGCUCCAUUCCCAUGGCAUACAAGCAGUUCACCGAGGAGGAGGCUGGCAGUAGACUGAUGCCAAGUGGAAAUCGAGACCGACUCGUUGAUUGCAUGGAGGAGUUUGUCAAGUACACAAUCGUAAUGAGGCCCCAUUUUGACCUGUUUGGGGACCGCUACAGCGAGAGGGAAGAGAAGCGAGUGAAGCAGGAGAAGGAAGAGAAGAAGCCGGCUGCGGAAUAG